UAAAUACAUGUAUAUCCUUUGUAUCUGUAUCUAUAUUAUUAUCUGAUCACCCGAGCCAAAAUUCACAACCCACACCUCCUUUUUUUAGAUAUUUUUCUUCAGCUUUAGUACCGAGCUAAAAAUGACGUUAGUUUCUGCACAACGGUCUACGCUUAAUCCAAAUGCUCCAUUGUUUGUACCUGCUGCUGUCCGUCAAGUUGAGGAUUUCUCGCCAGAAUGGUGGGAGUUGGUGACAACCUCCACAUGGUUUCAUGACUACUGGCUUAGCCAGCAACAGGGUGAAGGCGGUUUCUUUGGAAACACGGAGGAUGAAUUUGAUUACUCUGACAUUGUUGAUCUGCUUCCUGAUUCCAUUGAUGCUGAUGAAGAUACCUUGACUAUGGAAUCGCAGUAUGAGCAGUUCCUCCUUUUUUCUGAAAUGGAAAGGAAAAACGCCAAAGCUUUUGAUUCAAGUGCUAUCAAACAAAUUCCCGCAAAUGGUCUCGAAUUGGAGCUGAAACCAGUGAGGGGACCAAGGUCACCAGUGGAGACUGCUAGGUAUUGGGAAAAGCCAGCAAAGCCGAUUAGCCCCAAGUCACGCACACAACGCAUCCAGCAACCACGUUAGAUGUGGUUAGUUAUAAAGAUUUCUCUGGUCUAGGGUAGUAUCAAUUUCAUAUAAUCCAGUGUUCAACAACCGGAGUAGUGUCAUUUGUUAUGUUGUAAUUUUCUGUAUAGAGCAAGGUCUCAGUUGUCGUCGUAUCUAGCCUUGUUCAUAUUCUGACAUCGUUCAUUUCGACUAGCCAGGGAAAUGUAAAGGUAAAUGUAAAAAAAAAAAAUUGGAAAAGUAGAAAUUCAUGAAGCAUUUGAUAUCA